AUGGCCAACAAUGUAGAAAUUAGUCUUAUCUCAAUAAUCUUGAUUUGCAUAACAGCAGCCGCACACGAAAGAAAGUCAUUUUCCAAUGAUUUUUCAGCACUCUCCCAAGUUAAUGGGGAUGGCAUCUGCAAGACUUUGGUAGAGACACAAGGUUACAAAUGUGAAGAACAUACGGUAAUAACAAAUGAUGGUUACAUCUUGAGCCUGCAAAGAAUCUCGACUGGACGGUCCGGUAAGAAAGCCGACAAGCCACCUGUGCUACUACAACACGGUCUCUUAUGUAAAUUUAACUCCUAUACAAUAUUUCAGGAUGCUGUAGUAUGGAUGCUCAAUUCUCCCGAAGAAUCAUUGGGAUUUAUUUUAGCAGACAAUGGAUUUGAUGUGUGGCUUGUUAAUGGUCGUGGCACAAAAUAUAGCACUGGACACACAUCAUUAACUCCUAAUGACGCGGCUUAUUGGGAAUGGACAUGGGAUGAACUAGCUGGUUAUGAUCUUCCUGCAUCAGUAGAAUAUGUGUUCAAUCAUACUGGUCAAAAAAUGCAUUAUGCAGGUCAUUCUCAGGGUACUUUAGUGGCUUUGGUUAAUUUAUCUCAAGGGAAACUUCUGAAUAUGUUGAGAUCAGCUGCAUUACUAAGUCCAAUUGCUCAUAUGAAUCAUGUUGCUUCACAAGUAACAAAACUUGCUGCACAACUUUUUUUAGCUAAUGAUGUGUACUGGUUAGGUUUGCGUGAAUUCAUUCCUUAUUCGAGGGAACUAACAAAACGUAUGGAUAGAAUAUGCUCCACUCUAAAGCUAUCUUGCGGAGACAUAAUCUCAUUGAUCACUGGUCCGAAUUGCUGCGUAAAUGCUUCUAGAGUGCACUUAUUUUUUCAACACGAACUACACCCAACAUCGACAAAGAACAUGAUCCAUCUAUCUCAAAUGAUCCGAACAGGACAGAUAGCAAAGUAUGAUUACAAAUUUCUAAAUACACUACACUAUAGACAAAUGGUUCCUCCAACUUAUGACAUGACUAAGAUCCCAAAAGACUUCCCUCUUUUUAUUAGCUAUGGAGGGAAAGAUUAUUUAUCCGAUGUACAAGAUGUGAAAGUUUUGCUCAAUGAUCUCAGCAUUAACCAUGAUGCUACCAAGCUUGUGGUAUUGUAUAAAGAUGAAUAUGCACAUCUUGAUUUUGUUGCGGCUUUUGAUGCUAAGCAAGUUGUUUAUGAUCCUAUGAUAGCUUUUUAUAACAACUUAUGA